CAAUGUGGCGUCUCAGAUUGCAAGGUUUGUGAUAAGGGGCUGUGUCAAAGGGAAGAGUGGAAAUUCGCUGUCAAAUUUGACAGUCGUGAAUUUUCCAACAUUUUUGUGUGGAUCCAUACGGAACGGGUAGUUUAAGUCGGCAAAUUUCUCUGCUUCGGCGGUAGUUUCGGAGGCUGUAUGAAAGAGAAUAGCAGAAAGUCAGGAGGUUUAGCCACAGUUUAAGAGGCGACCAUUGUGUAUUUUCUGCCUUUUUCACAAUGACGAAGUCGACCCAUGAAUGUCUUGGCUUCUGAGGCGGCUAUGUAAAAGGGACGAGCAAAAAGAGACAAUAGCCCUUGAAUUUUCAGCUUUUUCAACCAGGAUCGAAGUCCAUCCACAAAUUUUUUAGACCGCAGACAUGAAAUGAAAGGUGAAUUUCUACCAUUUUCCUGGGUGACCUUUUUUUGUGGACAGCACAGACAUGGAAUGAAGGGCCGUAGCCGAUCCCUGAAUCUGCAUGCCGAUAUCCCGGCUGAGGAGGUCGGCACGCAUGUUGCCGUUGUGCGUCGUCCUGGCGUUGUUGCCGCUGCUGACCUCGGCGCAGACGUACCGCUGGGGGGCCUGCCCCAGCCCCAAGGUGCAGCCCAACUUCAACCUCCAGCAGUAUUUGGGCAAGUGGUACGAGAUCGCCAAGCUACCCGCCAGAUUCGAGAGGGGCAAGUGCAUCGAGGCCAACUACGCCAUACGACCAGAUGGAACCAUCCGGGUGUUGAACUCGCAGUUCUAUAAAGACAAGGUGAGGACAGCAGAAGGGACUGCGGUGGUCCACGACCCGAGAGAACCGGCCCGAAUCGGAGUCAGCUUCUCCUACUUCACCCCCUACAGUCCGUACUGGAUCCUGAGCACGGACUACAGCAGCGUGGCCGUGGUCUACUCAUGCACCGACAUCCUGCGCAUAUUCCACGUGGAGUACGCUUGGAUCCUGGGCCGCUCGCGUUUCCUGCCGGACGAGACGGUGCGCUACGCUCAGGACUUGCUGCUGGCUGAGGGCGUGGACCUCUUUCGCAUGACCACCACUGUCCAGACGGGCUGCGAGGACAAGUAGCCUGAUGCUGCUACGUGCUCAAAUGCUACAUGAAUAGCUUCAUCAUUUAGCUGAGCGCACAUUUUCACUGUGAUGUCAAACGCACUUCCGGGUGGCUAAACACUUUGCAAUGGCACCACGAGCACACAAACACUUUGACACAACCAUAUUUUGUCUAACAAAUGUCCGCUAGCCAUAGACGGGGCUUAUGGAAAUUAGCACAGAUGUUACUUACAGUAAUUAUAAAACGGCAAAAAACAGCGGUUUGUAACACACACGGAGCAGCAACACAUACAAACAAACACGCUAACUCGAAGCUGGCUUUUAUACAUACACCAUUUUGUGAUUUAUUUGAUUGUCAUCCAGCUGCUCAUUUAACAAAUGGGGAAAAAAAUUGACUAAUAAUUGAAUCAUAAUCGAUUAUGAUAUGGUGUUAUAAUUUGUACUUAUGCUACAUUUCGUACCAGAGAGUACUUAUGAUUACAAUAAAUGUCAUUUAUGAGUUGAAAGAAGAAAGUUGAUGUCCUCUGUGUAACUUUGCAUAUAAAUUGGAAUUAUGUUUUA